CAUCCAAAUACAGCACCGCGCGUGCCUCUGAUCCAAUCUUAUCUAAAGUGCCUUUCAGUUGGCGAGGAUGCCUAGAGGAUUUUUAGUGAAGAGAAAUAAAAAAGCGAUACCUGUUUCGUACCGGAUCCGUGAGGAUGAGAAUGAAGCGCGGGGAGCGUUUCCAGCCGCGCAGGAUGCCAGCGCACCGUCUACGCACAUCCCAGCAUCGCCGCGCACGGAUGCAGGCGCCCUGAGCAUCUCGCAGCAAGCCAAACCGGUGCAGUUCGGGAUCCCGGAGACGGUGUACAGGUCCGUGUACAGUCCGACGCGUCCCGUGAGCAGAGAGCACGAGAGGGCGUGUUUGGAGAGGCGGUUCAAUCUGGGCUCGCCCAUUUCAGCGGAAUCCUUCCCAGCUGUGCCCAACGGCUCGGAUCACGUCCCGUUCGCUCCCGUGGAUCUAAAAAUAGGCACCAGCAACAGCAACCGAACCGGUACCAGCAACCCGGUCCCAGUAGCCACCAAAAGGUCCUCGUCGGAUAGCGAGCGCAAAGGCAAACCGGCAUCCAAGAAAGCCAAGGCCAUGAGGAAAUUGCAGUUUGAGGACGAGAUGACCACCUCGCCAGUGCUGGGCUUGUUGAAAAUCAAAGAGGGUCCGUUGGAGCAGAAACCCAGAUCUCAGAUGUCAGCCGGUGACAAGCCGCUGGGCGAGUUCGUCUGUCAGUUGUGCAGAGAGGCGUACGCUGACCCCUUCUCUCUGGCUCAGCACAAAUGCUCCAGGAUCGUCCGUAUCGAGUACAGGUGCCCCGAAUGUGACAAGCUUUUCAGCUGCCCGGCGAAUCUGGCGUCACACCGGCGCUGGCACAAGCCGAAGCAGCAAAACCCGACGGGCACCAACCCGGAGAGCAAUAAGACGCCCGCGUCCGUAAAGAGCGAGGAGCCGAAAGAGACGACCAGCGACAGGGACACUCCCAGCCCCGGACUUUCCGAAUCGGGCUCCGAGGACGGCCUCUACGAUUGCCAACACUGCGGCAAGAAGUUCAAACGCCAGGCGUACUUGAAAAAGCACGUGAUGGCCCAUCACGACGUUCACGACGGCUUCCCAGCACCAGACAAGAGCCAAGUACCAUUGAACCUGAGCGCGUCAGAGUGCAACCUGUGCCCGGUGUGCGGGGAGAGCUUCCCCAGCAGAGCCAACCAGGAGAGACACAUCCGCCUGCAUCACUCCGCGCAGGUGUAUCCUUGCAAAUACUGCCCGGCCAUGUUCUACAGCUCGCCUGGACUUACGAGACACAUCAACAAGUGUCAUCCGUCGGAGAACAGGCAGGUGAUUCUCCUCCAGAUGCCCGUGCGUCCUGCCUGCUGAAAACGGUGCCUUAAUCCACAGGAUGAACUCGGAUGCGCAACGAGAGACUGUUAAACUAGAGGAUCCUGCUAUUUCCACACGUGAGGUAGUUUUUUCUGGAGGCUCGACGCGUUUAGACUGCUCCAAUAUUUUUCUAGGAUCUCCGCACAAGUGCUUUUAGCUUUUAGACCUAAGAGUCCUAGAACAUGCCUUGAAUUCACAGGCUGUACAUAUAUUUUCAUCACUUUCUAGCUUUAAUAGAGCUUGUGAAGCUGUGGGGAUUUGACUGUAGCUUUUCUCCCUUUAGUGUAGCCAGAAAUGCCUUGAAUAGAUGCUGUAAAACUGCCUUAAUCAUGUACAUGUUGGAGGGGUUGCUCGUAAUAAUAACUUUUAUAUUGCUACUAUUAUUAUUAUUGCUGUUUAUGUGUGUAUAUCUUUGUGAUUAUUUAUCUUAUUAUUUAUUUAUUUCAAAUAUUUUAUUUAAAUUAUUUGUUCGGCAUUCAUUGAUUUGUGAUUGAUUUAAUAAUUUGUCUGGACAGCCAAAUGUUUAAUUUAUCGAUUGAAAGACCUUGUCCACGUCAAAUUCACUUUGCAUUAGGUACAAUCGUUUAUUUAUUUAAUGUUUAUGUUUUGUUAAUGAUGUUUUCAGCGCUUGUGUGUUUCUGCAGUUCUGCUAUUUGUCCAAAAAUACUUAGCCUACUACUACUACUAAUAAUAAUAAUAAACAUUCCAAAAAGUUUCAAUGGGAUCCACUCGUGAUGUGAAAUUCCGGCAGUUCAGAGAAAUGUGUGUGUGUUCUGUCAUGUGGAAACCCAAACACUGUGAUGUCAUAGAAAUACAUCAUCAUCUGGAUUCUGUACUGAGAUACAUCUGCACUUAAUAAAACACGUCAAUCUA